AGUGUGCUUCAUUAUGGAUGAAUCAAAUAUGCUUGAUACAGGUUUUCUAGAGCGCCUGAACACUCUACUCGCCAAUGGAGAAGUACCAGGUUUAUUCGAAGGUGAUGAUUAUACGACGCUUAUGAGCCAAAUCAAAGAAGACGCUCAUCGCCAAGGACUUAUGCUUGAUUCACCUGACGAAUUAUACAAGUGGUUCACAGCACAAGUAAUGCGGAAUCUCCAUGUUGUAUUUACGAUGAAUCCCUCUGGUGAGGGACUUCGAGAACGGUCUUCAACUUCUCCAGCUUUAUUCAACCGAUGUGUGCUGAAUUGGUUUGGUGAUUGGACAGACUCUGCACUUUAUCAAGUUGGUAUGGAACUGACAAAUACACUUGAUAUGGCUCGCCCAGAGUAUCAGGCACCGCUUACUCUUCCAGCAGUAUGUGACCUUCUUCCAUCUCCUAUACAGUAUCGUCAUGCCGUUAUCAACACCUUCGUUCAUGUUCAUAAUUCUGUGAGAAAGGUGAACGAAAAUGAGACAAAACGUGGUCAUAGAGUGAUGGCACUAACUCCAAGACAUUUUCUCGAUUUUAUCAAACACUAUAUCAACGUUUUUCAUGAGAAGCGCCGUGAUUUAGAAGAAGAAAAAUUGCAUCUAAAUAUUGGUUUAAGCAAGAUCAGAGAAACUGAAGAACAGGUUCUGGAACUGCAGAAAUCAUUAACACUGAAGAGCAGCGAAUUAGAAACGAAAAAAGCUGCAGCUAAUGCUAAGCUAAAGGAGAUGCUUGCUGAUCAGCAGCGUGCAGAAAAGGAGAAGUUGGCCAGUGAGCAAUUACAAAAGGAGCUUGCCGAGUCACUUAUAGAGAUUGAUAAGAAACGUGCUGAGGUACAGGAAGAUUUAGCGCAGGUUGAGCCAGCCGUAGAAGAGGCAAAACAAGCUGUAAAAGGUAUCAAAAAAGGCCAACUUAUCGAAGUUCGUUCGAUGGCUGCACCGCCACAACCUGUGCGCCUGGCUCUUGAAUCAAUAUGUUUGCUACUUGGAGAGAACGUUGGAAUGGAUUGGAAAGCUAUACGUGGUGUUAUGGUGAAAGAAGACUUCAUGCCAAGAAUUCUCAAUUUCGACACAGAUAGUAUUUCUGCAGAAACUUUGAAGAUGAUGGAGAAAUAUAUUCGUAAUCCUGAUUGGGACUUUGAUAAGGUAAAUCGUGCUUCAUCAGCUUGUGGUCCAAUGAUUAAGUGGAUGAAGGCACAGCUUCUAUAUUCGGAUAUGUUGCGGAAAGUAGAGCCAUUGAGGAAUGAAUUGGAACGGUUAGAAAAAGACGCAAAAGUUAAAACAACAAAAGGCGAAGAUUUGAAAAAGACAAUUGCAAAAUUGGAGCAAAGUAUUGCUGCAUACAAAGAAGAAUAUGCUCAAUUGAUUGGUCAGGCAGAAGCAAUCAAGGCAGAUCUAGCAACCGUCAAGGAAAAGGUUGGUCGUAGUACGCAGCUUUUGGGAAGCCUUGGCUCCGAAAGAGAUCGUUGGAAUGGCAGUUGCGAUGGUUUCAGUCAACAAAUGGAUUCGCUUAUCGGUGAUGCAUUGCUGAGCGCUGCAUUUUUAGCUUAUGCCGGUUACUAUGAUCAACACUUGCGUGAUCUUCUUCUCCAUCGCUGGACGUCUUUUGUUGAGCAAGCAGACAUAAAAUAUCGCUCAGAUUUGGCCCGUGUAGAAUAUCUUUCAUCAGUUGAUGAGCGUCUCGAGUGGAAUAAAAAUGGCUUACCGGUUGAUGAUCUCUGCGCCGAGAAUGCAAUCAUGCUUCAUAGAUUCAAUCGAUAUCCACUUAUCAUUGAUCCAUCAGGGCAGGCAAUUAAUUAUUUGAUGAAACAAUUUGCUGGAAAGAACAUCACAAAGACAAGCUUCUUGGAUGACUCAUUCAGAAAAAAUCUGGAAUCAGCAUUACGAUUUGGAAACUCACUUCUUGUUCAAGAUGUCGAAAGUUAUGAUCCAAUCUUGAAUCCAGUUUUGAAUCGUGAAGUGAAAAGAACAGGCGGCCGUAUUUUGAUUAGAUUAGGUGAUCAAGAUAUCGACUUGUCUCCAUCGUUCCAGAUAUUUCUAAUUACUCGAGAUGCUUCGGUUGAAUUUGCACCCGAUCUGUGUUCAAGGGUGACAUUUGUUAAUUUCACGGUGACACGUGCAUCACUUGAGAUGCAGUGCUUAAAUCAAGUGCUAAGAAGUGAACGGCCGGAUGUGGAUGAAAAGCGCAAUGAUUUAUUAAAAUUACAAGGAGAAUUUGCUGUACGAUUAAGGCAACUGGAAAAGGCACUGCUGGCAGCGCUUAAUGAAAGUAAGGGCAAAAUAUUGGAUGACGAUUCUGUCAUAUCUACUCUUGAAAAAUUGAAAAAUGAAGCCGCUGAAGUUGGUCGCAAAGCUGCUGAGACAGAUAAAGUUAUGGCUGAGGUCGAAACUGUGUCUCAACAUUAUUCACGUCUGGCGCAGGCGUGUUCGCUGAUAUAUCUGAUGCUUCAACAGCUUAACGAAUUUCACUUCCUCUAUCAGUAUUCGCUAGAUUUUCUGCUUGAGAUAUUUAUGGCAGUGCUAGUUUCACCUCAGCUUAAAUCUGUCACUGAUUAUGAACAACGACUUAAAAUCAUAAUGUCGAACUUAUUCCAGAUGGUUUAUCGACGUGUUUCUUUGGGUAUGUUACACCAAGACAAGCUAUUAUUGGCGUUGUUGCUUAUGCGUAUUGUGCUGAAAGGCAAUACCAAUGAACGUUCAUAUCAGUUGGAGCUGGAUCAUUUACUUGGCCGCUCCGAGAUUUUCACUAGUCAGAAACAAGCAGAGGGUGCUGAGUCUUUUCACGGCCUCAAUACGCAACAAAUGGCAGCAUUAUUCCAAUUAUCUCGUUUAUCUGCUUUUAAAGAUGUUGUUAAAAAAGUUUCUGCGAGUGUGGACUUUGGAAAUUGGGUCGCGCUCGAUAAUCCAGAGCUUAGUGUACCAAUAAUUUGGGAUGGUGACGAUAAACUGACGGAAAUUGGACGUUGCAUCAAUGAACUACUUGUAAUUCAUGCUCUUCGACCGGAUCGCCUUUUGGCGUCUUCUUAUCGUCUUGUUGCCGCAGCAUUCGGUAAUGAAUUCAUGCAAGAAGACAAACUGGUGAACCUGCGUGAAAUUGUUGAAAACGAAGUGAAUGCAAACCGUCCAAUUUUAUUGUCCUCUGCUAUUGGAUUCGAUGCAUCUGGUAAAGUUGAAGAUUUGGCUGUCGAAAUGGGCCGUGAAGUUACUCCAAUUGCAAUUGGUUCUGCGGAAGGUUUCUCUCAGGCGGAUACGGUGUUGAAUUCGGCUUCCAAGUCAGGGAGAUGGAUUUUAUUGAAAAACGUACACUUGGCACCGUCUUGGUUGGCUCAGCUGGAAAAACGUUUGCAUUCCUUGAAACCCCAUCCACAAUUCCGUUUGCUAUUGACUGCUGAAAUUCAUCCUAAAUUACCACCACAGGUGUUGCGCGCGUCACGUAUUGUCGUAUAUGAACCGGCUACUGGCCUCAAAGCGAAUUUACUUCGUUCACUGAGUUCACUGGCACCGCAGCGAAUUACGAAACCGCCGCUUGAACGGUCACGUCUCUAUUUUCUUAUAUGUUGGUUGCAUGCAAUCGUGCAAGAGCGAAUGCGCUACAUUCCACUUGGAUGGGCGAACUCAUACGAAUUCUCUGAUGCUGAUUUGCGUGUGGCUUGUGAUACCUUGGAUGCAUCAGUUGAUGCAGUCGCUAUGGGACGUGUCAAUGUUUCACCUGAGAAAUUGCCAUGGCAUACACUUCGAUGCUUAUUAUCACAGUGCAUUUACGGUGGCAAAAUUGAUAACGACUUUGAUCAAAUGCUGCUUGAUUGCUUCCUUGAGAAGCUUUUCACAGCUAAAUCAUUUGAUGCUGAUCGUGUUCUUAUCAGUAAUGUUGAUGGUAAAGGAAGUGAUCUCUGCAUACCGGAUGGUAAUUCGCGCGAGCAUCUCAUUCACUGGGUGGAGAAAAUGCCGUAUUUACAGUUACCAUAUUGGCUUGGUUUACCAAAUAAUGCCGAGAAAGUACUGCUUACAGUAAGAGGUGAAACUAUGCUUGCCAACCUGCUGAAAGUGUCUGAUGAGGAGUUGGCAUUCACCGGUGAUGAUCAGAAAACUCAGUCUCCACCAUGGAUGACUGUUCUUGCAGAACAAAGCUCUCAGUGGCUUAAGUUGCUUCCAAAGAACAUUCCCAAACUGAGACGUUCAAUGGAAAACAUCAAGGAUCCACUCUUUCGCUUCUUUGAGCGGGAAGUUAAUCAUGGCACUCAUUUGCUGGCAAGUGUGAGAAGCGAUCUAAUAGAGGUGCAAUCAGUUUGCAAAGGCGAACGAAAACAGAGUAACCAUACUCGGGCAUUAAUAUUAGCAUUGAAUAAAGGUCUCGUACCGGCUGAUUGGUUACGUUAUACUGUUCCGAAAGUUGUCACUGUUAUGGCGUGGAUUCAUGAUUUCAGCGAAAGAGUACAGCAGCUUAUCAGAUUAGCUGGAUCUGCUUCACUGAAGAAAGAAAGCAUUUGGUUAGGCGGAUUAUUUGCACCGGAAGCAUACGUUACAGCUACAAGACAGACAGUAGCACAAUCAAAUCAGUGGUCUUUAGAAGAAUUACGCAUGCAUAUUGAAGUAGGCACGACGGAUGAUCGUCCUGACACAUUUAAAAUUGAAGGUCUUCAAUUGAUGGGUGCGAUGUGCAAGAAAAAAAAUAAACUGGAGAUUGUGGACGAGGUCAGCACAGAUUUAGAAAACGUUACGCUAUCAUGGUUCCGCGAAGCGAGUUCCCCAAAUAGUAUUACUCUCCCUGUUUAUUUGUAUCGUGAUCGAAAGAACCUACUAUUUAGUCUUGAUUUUGACCCGGGUGAAGUUCAGAAGACAAGCCUGUAUGAAAGAAGCGUUGCUGUCACAUCGAACAGCUCACUAUCCUAA